AUGCGGCUCGCUCCGCUUCUCAUAGUGGCCUUCGUCGGCUGUCUCCGGGCCGACGACGACGUACGUAUGGACUGUCAUCCCGAGCCAGACGCGAUCCAGGAGAACUGCGAAGCCAGGAACUGUAUAUGGUUACCGCCACCAGAUCAACAGCGUACAAUAUUCGGACCAGUGCCAACUGUCGAUCCUGGUACAGACGAGGAAAGCUUAGCUCUGGAACAGAACAAUGCCCUGGUGUUACAUGAAGAAGGGUAUUGGUUACGUCAACGUUUCGUCUUCAGGCUCGGCUUACAGGCGGUUACACUAAAGAAAAACAAUGGUCCACGUAACCCAUGGGGAGACGACAUCGAUCAAAUCCAAUUGAAAAGCAGCGCUAUUGGGAAGACAUUGAACGUGAAAAUUUUUGUGGAUGGACGGUACGAUCCUCCUGUUGGUCUUCCAAAAAACCCCUCCGUUUCAUCUGAUACUCUUCAGUUCGAUACUGGCAUUUCCAACGAUGUCUUCUACUUUGUGGUCAAACGAAAGUCAACAGGAAGACGUCUUUUCGACACCUCAAUAGGUGGAUUGAUAUUUUCCGAUAAGUUCCUACAAAUCGCUACAUAUUUGCCAUCGGAUGCAAUGUAUGGAUGGGGAGAAAACGUUCAUCUGACACUGAAGCACAAUUUUUCCACUUAUCGUACAUGGGGAAUGCUGGCCAGAGAUGAACCUCCAAACUCAGCUGGGCUGGACACCAAAAAUCUUUACGGAGUACAUCCUUUCUAUAUGAUGCUCGAACCAGAUGGCAAUGCUCACGGUGUGUUUAUUCUGAACAGCAAUGCACAGGAAGUAACAACAGCUCCGGGACCGGCACUGAUCUAUAGAACGAUUGGUGGGAAUUUGGACAUGUACUUCUUCCCUGGACCAAGCCCUGAAGAAGUCACACAGCAAUAUUUGGCUCUUAUCGGGACGCCUUUUCUCCCAGCCUACUGGGCGUUAGGCUAUCAAAUUUCGCGUUAUGGCUACAAGGAUGUUAAUGAAAUGAAGGAGACUAUAGGUAGAAAUAUGAAGGCUGGUAUUCCUUUGGAUACAGCAGUCGCCGACAUUGACUACAUGGAUCGUUAUAAGGACUUCACGACAGGCAAGAAUUGGACAGGACUAUCUGACUAUGUGAAACAACUGCAUAGUUGGGGAAUGCGAUCGAUUCUCAUCUUUGAUCCGGCUAUUCAAGUCGAUUACGAGUCCUUCCAGAGAGGAAUUAACGCAAAUGCACGGUUCAUAGAAUGGGAACGUCCGGAUCAAGUUAUGCAUUCAAUCCAGGAUAAAUAUCCCCUUGUGAAGGAUACAAAAAUCAUGCUUGGAGUGGUAUGGCCAGACCGUCACGUAGCAUUUCCUGACUUUUUCGAUCCAACAAACGCCACACAGAACUGGUGGAUUCAAGAGUUUGCGCUUUAUCAACAACAGGUGCCUUUCGAUGGUAUCUGGAUCGAUAUGAACGAACCGGCUAACUUCGGUACAAACGAAGCAAAUCCAUGGUAUUUCGAUAGUCCCGACCACCCAGAUGAUCAGCCACUGAUGUGUCCGAUGAACAGCACUGACGGUGAAUGGGAUAUGCCACCAUUCAAAACACAUGCAGUCUAUGUCUACGGUCAGGGUGCCUACUUGGCAACAAAGACGUUGUGUAUGUUAGGUGUGCAGGCCAAUGGAAAGGAACGAUUUUAUAAUCUGAAGAAUCUCUAUGGUUGGAGUGAGGCAAAAGCCACACAGCAAGCACAACAUGCGGCAACCGGGAAGAGAGGAGCUGUGAUUUCUCGAUCAACCUUCUCGUCGUCUGGUCGAUUUGCAGGCCAUUGGCUAGGUGAUAACACCGCUAGAUGGGAAGAUCUUCAGACUUCAGUCAUUGGAGUACAGGAAUUUAAUCUGUUCGGCAUACCAUAUGUAGGAUCAGACAUAUGCGGUUUUAACGGUCAAACAAAUGAAGAGUUAUGUCUGCGAUGGCAACAAAUGGGAGCUUUCCACUCAUUUAUGAGGAAUCACAAUUCGGAUGAUGAACCACCACAGGAUCCGGCUCUGUGGCCUAGCGUGGCAGCAGCAACGAAGAAGGCCAAUCUUUUCCGAUACAAAUAUAUGCCAUAUCUGUUCAGUUUACACUUUGUUGCAUCAAUGUAUGGAGGAACCGUCGUACGACCUUUAUUCUACGAAUUUCCCCAUGACUUAGAAACACACGAUUUAGGACAUCAGUUCUUGUGGGGAAGUUCAAUGCUUAUUGCUCCAGUUCUUUAUCAAGGUGCAACCUCAGUGGAAGUAUAUCUGCCGGAAGACGAUUGGUACUCCUUGUUCGACUACCAGUACGGUCAACUUAUGCAGCAUGGAUACCAGGAAUACCCUGCUCCAUGGACAUCCCAAAUCCCAGUUUUCGUGAGGGGUGGCUCUAUCCUACCACGUCAAGCUCCUAAUCUAACAACAACAGCUACUCGACAAAGCGCAUUCGACCUAUUGAUUGCUCCCAAGACAACAUGUGAGAGCAUUAUCAACUCGUACGAUACACAUAACUACUAUUACUGGACAUUUAAGUAUCAUGCGGACAGUCAAAAUGGCUAUCUCUCCAUAAACACGGAACAUCAAGCCGUGAAUAUCAACGUCCAAACGUCAAGUUACAAUCCUCAUCAGAAGAUCUUGUAUAUCUCUACGAAAAAUCUUAUUGAUAUUUCCGGACAAGGUUCCGCAAACCUUUCCUGGAAACACUCGUCGGCUGAUUCUGGUUGUCGCCGCCCUUAUCGCUCAAAUGCGAGGCGAUGUCGUACGUAUGGACUGCCAUCCCGAGCCCGAUGCCAGCCACGAGAAAAGAACAUGCCCUGGUGCUUCAUGAAGAAAGGUAUUGGCUACCGCAAUGUAUCUUCUGCAGGAUCGGUGAUAACAUUGAGGAAAAACGGCGGACCACGAAAUCCCUGGGGAGAUGAUAUAAAGGAAAUACUGUUCAAAACUGACACUAUAGGGAAAACCUUGAACGUGAAGAUAUUCGUAGAAGGAAGAUUCGAACCUCCUGUCAGCUUACCACGGAAGCCCUCCCUACACACAGCCAUUUCCGACGACGUAUUUUAUUUUAUCAUCAAACGAAAAUCUACAGGAAGACGACUAUUCGACACAUCGUUAGGAGGUUUAGUGUUCUCGGAUAAAUUCAUCCAACUGGCCACUUAUCUACCAUCGGACGCAAUGUACGGAUGGGGAGAAAACGUCCAUCCUACUUUGAAGGAAGUGACAACAACACCGGGACCGGCACUGAUUUAUCGUACGAUUGGUGGGAACUUGGACAUGUACUUCUUCCCUGGACCAAGCCCUGAAGAAGUCACACAGCAAUACCUGGCCCUUAUUGGGACGCCUUUUCUUCCAGCCUACUGGGCCUUAGGCUACCAAAUAUCGCGGUAUGGGUAUGAGGAUCUCUAUGAAAUGAAAAGAAUAAUACAUAGAAAUAUCGAGAGUGAAAUUCCACUGGAUACGGUAGUAGCCGAUAUUGAUUAUAUGGACAGAUAUAAGGAUUUUACGAUAGGCCGAAAUUGGACAGGAAUAUCCAACUACGUGAACAGUCUGCACAGCCUAGGAAUACGAACAAUUCUGAUUUUCGAUCCGGCUAUACAAGUGGACUGUGACGCUUUUCAAAGAGGAAUUGAUGCGGACAAGUAUCCCCUCGUGAAGAAUACAAAAAUCAUGCUCGGAGUGGUAUGGCCAGAUCGUCACGUGGCGUUUCCCGACUUUUUUGAUUUAACAAACUCCACACAGAAGUGGUGGAUUCAAGAAUUUGUCAGAUUCCACAAACAGGUGCACUUUGACGGUAUUUGGAUUGAUAUGAACGAGCCGGCCAACUUUGGCACAAACGAAGCGAAUCCAUGGUAUUUUGGGAGCGAUGACCAUCCAAACAUUCAACCGCUAAUGUGUCCGAUGAACGGCGAAUGGGAUAUGCCUCUAUAUAAAACUCAUUCGGUCUACAAAUACGGUCAGGGGGCAUAUUUGGCUACGAAAACACUGUGUAUGUCAGCCGUACAAGCAAAUGGGAAGCAGCGAUUCUACAACUUGAAGAAUCUUUACGGGUGGAGUGAGGCGAUGGUAACACAGCAAGCACAGCAUAAAGCAACUGGGAAGAGAGGAGUUGUGAUUUCUCGAUCAACCUUCCCGUCAUCGGGCCGCUUCGCUGGACACUGGUUGGGAGACAAUACUGCAAAAUGGGAAGAUCUUCGAACUUCGAUUAUCGGAGCACAAGAGUUCAACAUGUUCGGUAUACCAAAUCACAACACAAAAGGAGCAUCAUCGCAAGACCCCGCUCGUUGGUCAAGCGUGGCUGCGGCGACUCGAAAAGCAAACCGUUUCCGAUACAGAUACUUGCCAUACCUUUUCAGCUUGCACUUUGCUGCUUCGAAGAUGGGAGGCACGGUUGUGCGCCCGGUGUUUUACGAAUUCCCCAAAGAUGUCGGAACACAUGAUUUAGGGUAUCAGUUUCUUUGGGGACGUUCGAUGAUGAUCGUUCCCGUUGUACAUCCAAACGUGUCGGCUGUCAGAGCCUAUUUACCAAAAAGCGAUUGGUUCUCGAUAUACGACCACAAGUACGGUCAACUGAUGCAACACGGCUAUCAGGAAUACCCUGCCUCAUGGACGUCAUUGAUUCCAGUCUUUGUCAGAGGUGGUUCUAUUCUCCCACGCCAAGCGCCGAACAUGACCACCUCUUCUUCUCGACAAAACGCAUUCGAGCUACUGAUAGCACCCAAUCGGAAUACUGCCACCGGAUUCCUGUACUGGGAUGAUGGCGAAAAUGUGGUCGAGUCUUUUGAAACGCACGAUUACUAUCACUGGUCAUUUGAGUACCAUGCUGAUAGUCAAGGUGCACACCUCUCCAUAAAAACGGAGCACCUAGCGAAAUCUCUAACUAUUCCCACGAUCGACACGCUGGAGAUCUUCAACUACAACUAUUACCCUGACUUUUCAAAUUUCAAGCUGAAUGGAAAGAGGGUGCAUAUUGACACUCAAAACUCGUAUUACGACAACAUCAAUGGUAUUUUGUACAUCACUACUAAGAAUCUUGUCAACAUUUCUAGUGGAGGCUCGGCAAAUCUUACGUGGGAGCACUCGACCCACAAUUCCGGACGCAACAGCGGAAGUGUAUUCCGUGUUCUAAUUGGGACCACAUGGCUUUGUAUUGUAGCCUCCCUCAUAUGCCAUUAA